AGAUGAAAAAGAAAUAAAAUUAAUACAGUUCCAUAAGAAAUUUACUUGUUUAUUGUGCGAAUCUUUCUUUAAAGUAGUUCAAAAAUAAAUAGAAAAUUACAAGCAACAAUGGAUAUGCAAAUUCAAUUUAUUUUGAUUUCAGCACUUCAAUGAGUCAAUCAAUUACUGAGCACUCAAGUAAUCCAAAUAGAGAGAGGAAAAUUUAAAAUAUUUUAUAUGAUACUCUUUAAUAAAUAAUGGUCAAUAUGAUUGAUUUAUAACAAAAAAAUUACUAAAACACAACUGAAGAGUCUAUGUAAUAGAUGUAAUUGAUUAUAAUAGAAUAAAAAAUGCUAUUUCUUUAGAGUAAUUUAUGUAAUUCUCAUCAGAGUAGAUUUUGGGAUUGUUGGCACUUCAACCAAGAUUGAUGUAGGAGUUGUUGGAGAAAUUCGAUGUUAAAUAUAGACAAUUGGGAAUACUAUCUUAGAAGAUGAAAAAUUUAACAUAAAAUUUUUGA